UGACUGACAACACGUUGUGGUGACAGUCGUGACUCGUGAAACAUCCCUAGUUCUUUUUGCUUUCAAGAUGCCGCCCAAGAAGGACGCGAAAUCUUCGGCUAAACAGCCCCAGAAAACCCAGAAGAAAAAGGAGGGAUCCGGCGGCGGUAAAGCCAAGAAGAAGAAGUGGUCCAAGGGAAAAGUCCGUGACAAGCUCAACAAUCAGGUGUUGUUCGACAAGCCCACAUACGACAAACUGUACAAGGAAGUGCCCCAGUACAAGUUGAUCACCCCCGCUGUUGUCUCUGAAAGGCUAAAGGUCCGCGGCUCCCUGGCCAGGCGGGCUCUGAUCGAGCUUAGAGAAAAAGGUUUAAUAAAGCAGGUAGUUCAGCACCAUGGACAGGUGAUCUACACGAGGGCGACCAAGGGUGAUGAUCCUGUGGCUUAAUUCAUAAGUUUAAAAUAAAAAAAAUCCAAAAAAUCAUUCUUUUUUAUUUCAAACGUUUAAAUUUGGAAAUUGU